UAAAAAAUUUAAAGAAGAAGAUGAAAAAAGAAAAAAGAAGGAUGCCCAAGUAGCCUACAAUUAAAUAUCUGCGCUGUGUUUUGGAUGCUCCUACUUCGUACCUUCAUUUUUUUGUGUCAGAACAAUUUCACAAUUUGAUGAUUUGAAUUAUACGCGCACACUAUGGAGUACUGGAGGCAGUGCAGUUUGUGGCUGAUCAGUUGUAAAGUUUUGCCCCGGAAUCCUCGGGUCACGGCUGAAUCGGCGCAGGUUUUUGAUUUAGCACAAACACUUCGGGAUGGGGUCCUUCUGUGCCAGCUGCUGAAUAAUCUGCGACCCGACACCAUUAACCUGAAAGAGAUCAAUCUCAGACCACAGAUGUCCCAGUUCCUCUGCCUGAAGAAUAUCCGAACAUUCCUGUCCGCUUGCUGUGAUGCAUUUGGUAUGAAGAAGAGUGAUUUGUUUGAUGCCUUUGAUCUCUUCGAUGUCCGUGAUUUUGGAAAGGUCAUUGACACCCUAUCCAAACUGUCUCAUAACCCUAUUGCACAACAGGCUGGGAUUAGGGCAUUCCCCACCGAGAAAAGCACUGAAAAUGAAGACAUAUACAUCCAUUUGGCAGAUCUCAUUGAUGAGGAGCUGGUGGAGGAUGUCUAUGACCCUGUGUAUGGAGAUAUAGAGGGAGGAGAGGUCUAUGAGGAUCUAAUGAGGACAGACGCUACUGCAUCUCAGAUGAAACAGGCCGAGGUGGACAUCAGAAGCUGCUGCCUCUCAGAGAUCAAACAGACAGAAGCCAAAUACACAGAGACACUGGAGACCAUUGAGAAGUACUUUAUGAUUCCACUGAUGAAAUUCAUCCCAGCAACAGAUAUUGACAAAGUUUUCAUCAAUAUACCUGACCUGGUUAAAGUUCACAAAAGCCUGAUGGUCGAGAUUCAAGACUCUGUGCAAAAUAAAAACGCAGAAAACCUCCACCAGAUCUUCAUUGUUUACAAAAACAGGCUUCUUCUGUAUGGAAAAUACUGCAGUCAUGUAGAAACAGCAAUUUCACAGUUAGAUUUCAUCUGUAAGGAGAAAGAGGGCAUUCGACUGAAAUUGGAGGAAUGUUCAAAGAGAGCCAACAAUGGGAAAUUCACUUUAAGAGACUUGUUAGUGGUUCCCAUGCAGCGAGUGCUGAAAUACCCGCUACUACUUCAGGAAUUGGUCAAAUAUACAAGUGACACCACAGAAAAGAGCAACCUACGAGUGGCCCUUGAUGCCAUGAGAGACUUAGCCCAGUAUGUAAAUGAGGUGAAAAGAGAUGUUGAAACUCUAAUAGAGAUUGAUCAGUAUCAGAGAUCAAUUGAGAAUUUGAAUCAGUCUUUGCUUUCUUAUGGAAGGCCGAAGGGUGAUGGUGAAGUCCGUUUGGCAUCAAAUGUGGACAAGCGCAGACAGGACAGGCAUAUUUUUUUGUUCGAUGUUGCUGUAAUUGUCUGCAAGCGGCGUGGGGACAACUAUGAGAUGAAGGAAGUGAUCGACCUCAACCAUUACAAGAUCACUAAUAACCCCACCACUGACAAGGACUGCAGAAAGUGGUGCUAUGGAUUCUACCUCACUCAGGUGCAAGGGCAGACUGGGUAUGAGUUCUUGUUCAAAACCGAAGAGCUGAAGAAGAAAUGGCUGGACCAGUUUGAGAUGGCCAUAUCCAAUAUUCGGCCAGAGAACGCCACCUUUAACUCUCAUCAGUUUAUGAUGCACACCUUUGAGAGGGCCUCCACCUGCAGCUCCUGUCAUAUGCUUCUCAGGGGAAUUUUUAACCAAGGCUACCUGUGUCCUAAAUGUGGGAUAGGGGCUCAUAAGGGCUGUCUGGGAAGACUAGAAGUCUGUGGAAGGGCAGGUGCUGUCGGUCAAAAGCAACAGAGAAAGACAAAACCUAGGAAACCAGAAGACCCAGGUUUGCCAAAAAUGCUGGUCAUCAGAGACUAUUUCGGGGUGCCCGGUCCUCAGGGUGGUCCACCACUAAACGUUCAGAUCGGUGAUGUCAUAGAGGUCAUCUGUGCUGAUCCACACAGCUUCUGGUGGCAGGGCAAAAUCCUGACUACGCAAGAGACUGGCUUCUUCCCAAGUGAUUCAGUCAAGCCUUGCCCAUGUGUUCCCAGAACAGUCGACUAUUCAUCCCAGCCCUGGUUUGCUGGGCCCAUGGAGAGGCACCACGCUGAGGCCACGCUCAUGGAGAGACAGAACAGCACCUACCUGGUGAGAUACAGGAGCCAUGAGAGCAGAGAGUACGCUAUCAGCAUCAAGUACAACAACGAUGUGAAACACAUUAAGAUUCUCACCAAGGAGUGCUGCUUCUACAUUGCUGAGAGCAGGACAUUCAAGUCUGUAUUAGGUCUAGUGGAGUACUACAAGCAGCACACUCUAAAAGAGGGUUUUCGCAGUCUGGACACUACUCUGCAGGUGCCCUAUAAGGAGCUCAGUGGUAGAGUCAUGUACAGAGCUGCUGCUCCAGUGCUGUGUGGACUUUCCGUUUUGAGUCCCACCAGCUACAGUUUUGUUCCUCCCUCCCCCUCACCCUUCUGGUCAGUCUUAACCCCGAGAGUAGUUGGCAUUGCAAUGGUGCGGUACGAUUUCAGCUCUAGAGACACACGGGAACUAUCUCUGCAGGUGGGUGACCUGGUGAAGAUCUACAUCAAGUGUACUAAUGGAUGGUGGAAGGGCGAGGUCAACGGGCGGGUGGGUUGGUUCCCAUCCACUUAUGUGGAAGAAGAGGAGUGACCAGUGCAGGGAGCAUGUUGCACUGUCCUAAUCUCACUGUGCUGUGUCAGUGAUAGGCCACCUGUUGGCUUUGGACAAGAAACAUAAUAGUGAACAAUACACCUUUUUUGAGGUAAAGAACCACAAACACAGCAAUUAUCAACCUCUUUUAAUGGGAGCCAGUGGACCGCAGUUGAAACAUGUCAUGCGAUGUAUCUGGGCCUGUCGGCUUUGACUGUUGAAUUAGUUAUGAAUCUCCCUUGCUGCUCCACAUUCAGUCCAGUCCCAGACAUCUUUCUCUCUCUCACUCUCUUGUCUCCUCUUCUUUCUCUCACUCUCGUUCCCACCCUGUCACCUCCUGAAAUCUUCACACAGGGCCUGGGGCCCCCCUCUCUCUGCCUGUUUAAAAUUUAAACUCCAUUUCUGUGGUAUGCUGGACCUCCCAUAAACUCAGGAGUGGCACGCAGAGAAAAAAGCCCUGAGCUGGACAACCCCCC